CGCACAAUCUCGCUCUCCCCCUUCUGCGCCUUCUUGCUCCAGGCGCGACCGUCCGCUCCCUCUCUCUAAUUACUCGAAGCUGCAGAGAAAACCAAGCAACGUCUUGUCCACCAUCUACACUACAGAAUCGGUCUGGCUCCCUUAUCAUGGCGUCUAUUGCGAUGGCCGUGGUGAACGAGGCGGCGAAACAGCUGCCUCUCCACAAAGCUAUAUCGGGCAUCUUUGGAAGCAUCAGCAUGGCAGCAUGGAUAUGCGUUAUUCUCCCUCAGAUGAUUGUCAACUACCGAGCGAAGAGCGCCGACGGACUGAGCAUGCCGUUCCUCGUUGUCUGGAUGAUUGGUGAUGCUACAAAUUUGGUCGGCGGGCUCUUUACGCAUCUGGCCCCGACAGCAGUUGCAUUGGCCAUGUACUUUUGCGUCGCCGAUUUCCUUCUCAUCUCGCAGUGUCUAUACUACAACACGGUUAAUGCCCGCCGGGCUGUCGAGGAGGCGGAGGCCACCGAGGAGGCGCCCCUUCUCGGAGAGCGACGCAUGUCCCAUCGCCGAUCCGUGUCGAGCCAGGACGUCGGCAAGAUUGCGCCGGCCGGUGACGAGCUGAUUGAGCGUUCUUCGUGGUCUUCCAAUGCAGCCAGCCUGCUCGCCGUAUACGUCGUUGGAUUUAUUGGAUGGUACCUCUCAUACAAGGCUGGAGCGUACAACGAGGCGGAUCCUGUCGUCCUCAACAGUGUGGAGCCAUCAGACCUGCUGGAGAAGGUUGGAAUGGUGCUGGGUUACUUCAGCGCUGUUUGCUACCUCUGUGCUCGAAUCCCCCAAAUUAUCAAGAACUACCGAGAAAAGUCUUGCGAAGGCCUUUCGAUUCUGUUCUUUAUGCUUUCCCUGACAGGAAACUUGACGUAUGCCAUCAGCAUUGUGGCCUACUCUCAAGACAGGAAAUACAUCAUCAACACCAUUCCUUGGCUGAUUGGAUCACUCGGCACGGUCGUUGAAGACGGCACCAUCUUUGUGCAGUUCCGAUUAUACGCCAACAACAGGCGAAGCGAGCACGUCCAGGCAUAA